AACAUGGACACAAAAUCCAUACUAGAAGAACUCCUGCUCAAAAAGUCCCAGCAAAAGAAGAAGAUGUCACCGAAUAAUUACAAAGAGCGUCUUUUUGUUUUGACCAAAACAAACCUCUCCUACUAUGAGUAUGACAAAAUGAAAAGGGGCAGCAGAAAAGGAUCCAUUGAGAUUAAGAAAAUCAGAUGUGUGGAGAAGGUGAACCUCGAGGAACAGACUCCCGUGGAGAGACAAUACCCAUUUCAGAUCGUCUAUAAAGAUGGCCUUCUCUACAUCUAUGCAUCAAACGAAGAGAGCCGGAGCCAGUGGCUGAGAGCCCUGCAGAAAGAGAUAAGGGGUAACCCCCACCUGCUGAUCAAGUACCACAGUGGUUUCUUCGUGGACGGGAAGUUCCUGUGUUGCCAGCAGAGUUGCAAAGCAGCCCCCGGAUGCACCCUCUGGGAAGCAUAUGCUGAUCUGCACAUCGCCACCAGUGAAGAGAGGCCCAGACCACCCAUCUUCCCUGACAGGGUGCUGAAGAUUCCUCGGGCCGUUCCUGUCCUCAGAAUGGAUGCACCAUCUUCAAGCACCACUCUCGCCCAGUAUGACGGCAACGCAAAGAGAAACUAUGGCUCCCAGCCAAACAUCCACACGCGGUACAUCCCGAGGGAGGACUGCCCUGACUGGUGGCAAGUAAGAAAAUUGAAAAGCCGUGAAGAAUUCGCAGGCAGCAACCCAAGGGAAGUAAAUUUUGUAAACCAGAGCACCUCGAAGAUUUCCUGGGGCGUCCCUGAGUCAAGUUCAUCUGAAGAAGAGGAAAGCCUGAAUGACUACGACUGGUUUGCAGGCAACAUCUCCAGGUCACAGUGCGAGCAGCUACUGAGACAAAAGGAAAAAGAAGGUGCAUUCAUGGUCAGAAAUUCCAGUCAGGUGGGGAUGUAUACCGUGUCCUUAUUCAGUAAGGCUGUGAAAGAUAAGAAGGGAGCAGUCAAGCAUUACCAUGUGCACACGAAUGCAGAGAACAAACUGUACCUGGCGGAAAACUACUGUUUUGAUUCCAUUCCAGAGCUCAUUCACUAUCAUCAACACAAUUCAGCAGGCAUGAUCACCCGUCUCCGUCACCCUGUGUCAACCAAGGCCAACAAGGUCCCCGACUCUGCAUCCCUGGGAAGUGGAAUCUGGGAACUUAAAAGAGAGGAGAUCACCCUGUUGAAGGAGCUGGGGAGUGGUCAGUUUGGAGUGGUCCAGCUGGGCAAGUGGAAGGAGAAGUACGACAUUGCUGUCAAGAUGAUCAAGGAAGGCUCCAUGUCAGAAGAUGAAUUCUUCCAGGAGGCCCAGACCAUGAUGAAACUAAGCCACCCCAAGCUGGUUAAAUUCUAUGGAGUGUGUUCAAAGAAAUACCCCAUAUAUAUAGUGACAGAAUAUAUCACCAAUGGCUGCUUGCUUGAUUACCUGAAGAACCAUGGGAAGGGACUCGAACCCUGGCAACUCUUGGAGAUGUGCUAUGACGUCUGUGAAGGCAUGGCCUUCCUGGAGCGCCAUCAGUUCAUCCACCGGGACUUGGCUGCCCGAAACUGCCUGGUGGACAGCGAUCUCUCAGUGAAAGUGUCUGAUUUCGGGAUGACAAGAUAUGUUCUUGAUGACCAGUAUGUCAGCUCUGUCGGAACAAAGUUCCCCGUCAAGUGGUCAGCCCCAGAGGUGUUUCACUACUUCAAAUACAGCAGCAAGUCUGAUGUGUGGGCAUUUGGCAUCCUUAUGUGGGAGGUGUUUAGCCUGGGCAAGCAGCCCUACGACUUGUAUGACAACUCCCAGGUGGUCGUCAAGGUCUCCCAGGGCUACCGGCUCUACCGGCCCCAGCUGGCAUCAGACACCGUCUACCAGAUCAUGUACAGCUGCUGGCACGAGCUCCCAGAGAAGCGUCCCACAUUCCAGCAGCUUCUAUCUUCCUUCGAACCACUUCGGGAGCAGGACAGGCCUUGA